AUGUCCAGGCCGUCAGGGGGCGGUGUUGCCAAUGAUGUCACCCGCUUCCUGUCCACGGGGGCGGUGCCAGGCUCGCCCACUUCCUCUACCCCCACUGGCCACGUAUUCUCUGCCUCAAGCCAGGCUGAUUGGGCGGCAAAGAGGCUCGUCUGGGUUCCAUCCGAGAAGCACGGCUUUGAGUCUGCCAGUAUCCGUGAGGAGCGUGGGGAUGAGGUGGAGGUGGAGCUAACAGACAGCCAGAGGAAGCUGACCCUGUCCAGAGAGGAGGUCCAGAGGAUGAAUCCUCCCAGGUUCAGUAAGGUGGAGGACAUGGCUGACCUCACCUGUCUCAACGAAGCCUCCGUCCUACACAACCUCAGAGAGAGAUACUACUCUGGCUUGAUAUACACAUACUCGGGCCUAUUCUGUGUGGUGAUCAACCCCUAUAAGAACCUGCCCAUCUACACAGAGUCUAUAGUGGAGAUGUACCGAGGGAAGAAACGCCAUGAGAUGCCCCCUCACAUCUACGCUAUAUCAGAGGCUGCCUACCGCAGCAUGCUACAAGACAGAGAAGAUCAAUCUAUCCUCUGCACGUGA